AUGACGCUAGUCGGGGCUACCUACAGAGUGGACUACACCUUAGUCCCCCCAACAUCCGUUGCGACCACGAGACGCCUGACGAAGAAACCGGCAGCCUCAAAACUGUUUCAGUACCUAGGAUUAAGUGCAACCAUACUCGAAGCAUUCGAGCUUUUGGUAAUAGUCACGUGUGUAUCUGAACCUGAAAUGAAGCAUCGCAACAGUCCCGUACAAUCUUAUGCAACGUUUCGCCUUCUUGAUCUGGACGUCUUAGAGACAGGUUGGACCGUCUCCUGUGAUAGUGGAAAAGCGGAAGAGUGCAAGCAAAUUCCAGAAGGUGUACUAUCUAUAUCGUUGCUCUCUUCAAUCUGA